AUGGGAUGCUUUGCAUCAACGCCGCAAGAGACUGGUGGGAACAGAAGAAAGCCAACAAGCAUCGGUGAGGUUUCAGUAUAUGUACCUGGUUUAAGGAUACCGAGACCGGUGGAGUUUUCGCAGUCACUUGGUGAUCAGUUGCCAAAGACUGUAGUGGAACGUUUGACAGCUUUAAGAACGCGUAUAGUAGUCAUGGCUAAUCAAGAAGGACCUACAAUAACGAGAACUAGGAGAAGGACACAGCAUGGAGGUUCAACGCUCUUAGAUCUACAUCAAGCUUUGGUAGAUUAUCUACCUGUUCUCUUGGGAUUAACUAAAGAUGGUAGCCAUCUACAGUUUAAAGUACACUUUAUUUGGGUAAAUCAGGAGCAUGAAGAAGAGGAAACUGCGAUGUCAAAUGUUUGGUAUGAAGUUUUGUCUGUUUUGCAUCUAAUGGCAAUGCUACAAAUGUCACAAGCCAAUUUACUGCUUCUUCCUAGAGGGUCUAGUGAUGGCCACAACCAUCCCAAAGUAUCAGAAGAAAACAGACGAGCUUCGAUUGACAUCUUCUUAAAGGCAGCUGGAUAUCUUGACUGUGCCGUGAAAAACGUUCUUCCUCAGUUUUCUGCUGAGCAAAGGAGAAGUUUGCCUGUUGACCUAGCGGAAGGAGUUCUACGGGCUCUUUGCUUGCAAGCACUAGGCCAGGGUGUUGAUAUCCAACUUGGCAUGGCGAUUGAUAGCUCUAAGGCCACUCUUGCAGUAAAACGAAGACUUUCAUGCGAAAUGGUGAAAUAUUGGCAGCAGGCACAAGAUAAUUUGAUGAAUCUUCCAUUAGCAAAUGGUUGGGGAGAAAAGCAUAUACUCUUUGUUAAGUGGAAGUAUGUUGAAGCUAAGGCUGCGGCUUACUACUAUCACGGUUUGAUUCUUGAUGAAGGAAACACAGAGAAAUCACAUGGAAUGGCAGUUGCUGCUUUACAAGCUGCAGAUGAAUGUUUCAAAGAAAGUAAGAAAGCUUCCGAAGCAUUCAACGCCUCUUCACCUACUUCAAGAACACCACCACUUUUCGGAACAAUGAAGUAUCUAACAGAGAAAAUACCGAAAGACACUUCGAGUAAAGUCAGGAUAAACCGGGAUCUAUACUCUUAUGAAAAAAUCAUGGAGACGGCACCAACACUUCCUGAUUUCGCAUUGGCGUUGAAACCAGAUGAGUAUCAACUUCCUCUAGUUUAA